AUGAAAUCAAAAUCACAAAAACUAAAUUUAUUACACAAUACAAUAAAAACGAUAAUUGUUUCAUCUGAUCAUUUUCUUAAGCCUGAUACUAAACGAAGAAAUACCAUUCAACAAAAAUCAAUGUAUUCUUAUUUAAAAAAAAGAAAUCUACAACCAUUAUUAGAUCUAUCGAUUCAACAUAAUUUAUCUACUAAUAAACUUUUAUUAAAUAUGAAAUCACAAAAACUAAAAACACAGGUCAAUAGUCAUUUUCAUUCAACUAUUUCCAAUGAUCAUAUUCCUAUCCCAUCACAUUUAAUCACUCCUUCACUUCUCAAGACUUCAACAAAUGAUGAACAUUCUAUUUUCUCUAUUUCAACUAUGAAUUUUUCUACUGAUUCAGAACAAAUACCUAUCAAAGAUAAAUUUCAACAUGAUUCUCAAAGAGAUUCACAAACUCAUGAAUUUUCUUAUCGAAAAGAUCGAAUAACUCGUUCAAUUACAUCAUCUAUUUCAACACCUAAAAAUUCACGUGACGAACCAUCGUUAGCAUUUGAUACGUUAAUAAUUGGUAAAUUAUAUAUUCUCAAUGACAUAUAUCCAUCGAUUGAAUAUGAAAAUAUGAAUGGAAUUCCAUUAGCGUUUCUUGGUGCAGAAAAAUUAUUACGUAUUCGUAUCGAUUGGACUAAAGUUCAAUAUCCAUUAUCAUCCUAUCAUAUGGAAAUAAUUAUUGAUCUUCUUAUUGUACGACCUUCAUUUAUUAGAGAAAUACCUAAAGUAACUACAUUUAAUCUUUAUCGACCAUUGAUUAAAACAGUGUCCGGUCAUUUAUUUUUUGAUCAUGGAGAAAAUAAAGCUGGAAUACAUCAAUGUGGUCGAAAAUUAAUAAAUCGUAAAUUUAUUAUUCGUGAUUUAGCUUCUAUUCAUCAACGUGAAUUUCAUAUAAUUAAUUAUAAUGCAAAAUAUGAACAACGUUUUUUGAAUUUAUAUGAAAAUCUUUUUCAAAUUUAUCAUUAUGAAACAAAAUCAACUCAAUGGAAAAUAUAUUUGAUAAAAACAAAAUUUUCAAUCAAUAAAUCAAUUGGAAUAUCUAGUAUGCCAUUAGAUAAUACUAAAAAACUCUCAAUUAAGCAUUUCCUCCCCUAA